GGACCGGAAGCAGUUUAGUGGACAGUCAUGGCCGACAACGAAGAGCUGACUGCAGAACAGACGGAGAAACUUAUCCAAUUUCAGGAUCUGUCUGGAAUUGAAGAGAUAGGACGAUGUCAGGAGAUCCUUCAAAGACACAACUGGGACAUUGAGGUCGCAGUACAAGACACUUUCAAUGAAAGAGAAGGUGCACCUUCUGUGUUCAACGAACCGCCACCACCUCCAGAACCCAGACAGCCCACAAUGAACUUACAGCCCCCAGACCAGAGAGUGUUCACAGUAGCUCGGCGACCACCACAGGGAUUUUUCCAAUGGACUUACUACGUCGUCAUGUUUCCUUUUCGAUUUGCUUACACCAGUGUUAUAGACCUUUUAAGAUUUGUUUUUCGUUUAAUUCGUCCAGACCCUAGAAGAAAUGUUACAGAUCCCAUUGGUGAUGUAGACAGAUUUAUAGCCAAAUAUAACGAAUUGUAUGGUGAUGAACAUCCGGCCUUCUACCGUGGUUCUUAUAGUCAGGCCCUUAAUGAUGCUAAGCGAGAGUUACGGUUCCUGUUGGUAUAUCUCCAUGGUGAUGAUCACCAGGACACACAUUCAUUUUGUAGAAAUACUUUAGGAAACGCUGAUGUACGAGACUUUAUCAAUGGACGAGUGUUGUUCUGGGCGUGUAAUACAAACAGUCCCGAAGGGUAUAGAGUGUCCAGAGCUUUGAGAGAGAACACUUACCCUUUCUUAGCACUAGUUGUACUACGACAGAACAAAAUGACAGUAGUAGCUCGGAUAGAAGGGCCAGUAGAUGGUCAAGAACUUACUGACAAGCUGGAGCGUGUGAUGAACGAAAAUGAGACAUCACUUGUUGCCGCUAGGGCAGAAAGGGAAGAAAGAAAUUUCACACAGACUUUGCGACGAGAACAGGAUGAAGCCUACUUAGAGUCAUUAAGGGCGGAUCAGGAAAAGGAGAGAACUCGACGUGAAGGGUUGGAGAAACUCGAACAAGAAAAACAGAAAGUGGUGGAUGCAGAGCUGGAACGACAAAGAAUGCUUCAGGAGAGGGAACAAAGAAAAGAGGAUCUGAGAAACAGUAUACCGGCGGAGCCCGCACCUGAUCACCCCGACAGAGUACAGAUCGUACUGAAACUCCCGCACGGGGAACGUGUACAGAGGAGGUUUCUCAAGUCCGACUCACUUAAGCACCUGUAUUAUUUCGCGUUUUGUCAUGAACAAUGUCCAGAUGACUUUCAUAUAGUAACAAAUUUUCCCCGAAGGACUUUACCGUGUGAACCUACAGAAGAGGUGCCAGAACCUCCUACGUUUGGUGAGGUGGGACUCGGCAAGACUGAGAUGUUAUUUAUACAAGAUAAUGAGGCCUAGCAAGAAAGCAAUAUACAUUUAUAAAUAAUUCCAGGUUUUUGUGUCUCGGAUUGUGCGAUUGCCGAGAGCAGAACUUUUUUUGUUGAAAGCUCUGAAUGUUGCCAUGUGAUAAAAAGUUGGAUUGCCGAAAUGUGUUUAUUUGUUGAAAGAAACUUUAAUGUAAUUCCAAUUAACACAUUUAAUUGGAGGGAAGUCACUGUCAAAAGUAUUUGUCAAAUCUAAUUUUUCAAAUAUCUCUCAAAGAUUUUCUGACAGUGUAGAUGAAUGUGUUUGUUAGAUAUAAGAUCACUAAAGAAUGGUUUUAUUGUUGUAAGAAACAUCUGUCAUUGUUGCACAAUUGUUUUCAGGUUUAAAAUCAAUAUGAAGGUCUCUGGCAGAACUUUUUGAGCAUUGUAAGGAACUGAGAUAUGGAAUCCAAUGUUUUGUUUAUCUACAGACUUAUUAUAUGUAAGUCAGUACUUUGUCACACAAGAAAGUGUUGAGGAGCUGCUAUCGAAAAAGACAGAGGUCUGACCUUUGAAUGAAGCUUGUUUUCUAUGAGGGUUUUGAUAGUGUAAUGGUUGUUAUUUUUGAUGGGCUCUAGUUUUUGUAUUUCAAGGAUAAAAUUUGAAAUUCACACAAAUAGAGAAAAUUAUAGUCAGUUUCAUAAUUUAUACAAUUGAAAUUCACAGAUAUUAAUAAUAUUAUAGUCAAUUUCACAAUACAUUUCAUAUUAAACAGCAAAAAUUGGUCCAUUGAUAAUAACAACUUUACAGUGAAUUGUCUUUAUUAGAAAGAAAAGUUGAAUUUUGUAAAAGGUAAUGAGCAUUAGGGUCAAAUGUCAAGGUACAAAUGUCAAGGUCAUAUGUUUGGUCAAAGUUGAAUGUCCAAAUUGAUUUUUUAGUGGUUAAACAAGUGGUUAGUUAGUAGCCUGGGUUGGGAUGGCUUAGUAUUUAACCAUUGCAUCACAUACUGUUGGAAAAAAUUGAUUUAUUUUGGAAAGGUGAUCUUAAACUGUUUAUCCAGCAAUACGCCGAUGAGGUUCUUUUGGUAAUCGCUGUCUCAAAGUAGGGACUGGCUUAUUGCAGAGUUGUGAUAUAGUCUUGGCAGAUUUACUGACAUGUAUUUGAUAUAAGUGGGCUUAUAAUUACAGGGCAUUGGCUUGUGCUUUUUGCUAGACAAGUAUGGUAUGUGUGCAGACUACUAGGGUGUGAAAUUUAGAAUAAGCAAUUAAAUCACCUUUAUAUGAGAGAAAUAUACUAAUUUUUCCUUAAGUCUUAUUGCUGUAUAAACCUGUGAAAAGGGGAAUUAUAAAAAAAUAUAGUUACCAGUAAUGUAAAGGCUGUCAAUUACAACUGGUUAUAAACUUAUAAUUUUUCGUUAUUUUUGAUGAUAGAAUAUAAUUUAAACAAUAGAUAAUACCCUAGUAUUUUAAAAUACAAUACAAUACAAAGAGGGGUGGGGGUACAUUUAUUUUAAAAAGAAAUAGUCUGUUUCAUAACUCUACAAAAAUACAAUUAUCCUUUUUGCUUCAGACUUUGAGUAAUUGAACCAUAAAGCCUUAAAAGACACCAGAAAUCCAGAAAGGACUAAAACGUUAAACUUUUUCUUCCUUUCCAAACUGUGAAUGUAGUUGUCUAUGAUUUCAUUAGUCUGAUCAGAGUCAAGAAGGAGUUUGUUUUGGACUGAAAACUGGUGUCACUCAGAUUAUAAAACUAAAUCACACAUGCUUUACAGACGAUAUAGUGUGGCUUUCAAUUUUCUAAUUUUACAGACUCAUUAUUAAAUGACAUGAGCAUUAGUUGAAAUAAAACAUAACAAAAAAUUCAAGUUCAAAAAACAUAUUUAGCAGUAAUAAGUUAGUCUUAGUUAGUUUUUAUGGAAAUAGGAGUCAGGAGAAUUUUCCUAAAUAUCUCGGUAGUCUUAAGGAUUUUAGUCUGAAGAAUUUUCCACAUAUGUAGGUAAUCCAGAAUUUUCCACAUAUGUAGGUAUUCCAGAAUUUUCCACAUAUGUAGGUAAUCCAGAAUUUUCCACAUAUGUAGGUAGUCUUGAGGAUUUCCUAGAUAUCUAGGCAGUCUUAUGUAAUUUCUGGAAAUCCGGAUGGUGUUGACCUCUGGGAAAUGGAUUAUUUGAUUGGAGUACCAAACUACAAUAUGAUUAUGUGUCUGUAGUUGUUAAUGUUAUGAUUAUUGAUAGUGUAUUUUAAACAAGGCAUGUCACUACAUUUUAGGUUUAAUGUUUGGCAUUACAGACGAUUUAGUUAAUUUAAGUGAAAAGUUCUCUCAAUAAGUCAGCAUCCAACAUGUUUGACAUCUGUACCCAUAUCACUGAUAUUUGGUAUUGGAUUUUCACUUUCAUUUUCUGCUUGUGCAAAAUGAUUAAAACAAAACUCAGAAUAUGGAGGAGUUAAGGCUAUAUGCUACCCUACAUUGUAAAGGUGAGAGGAGCAUUCAGUGAUGAUGACCAGGGGAGGAGUUAAGGCUAUAUGCUACCCUACAUUGUAAAGGUGAUACGAGCAUUCAGUGACGAUGACCAGGGGCCGGUUUGUUUAUUUGAAUAUAUCCCACUCAUAAAUCUUGACAGAUCUGUAGGUGUUAGUACAGGCCUUGUUGACCUUUUUCCAGGUUGGUCUGAAAAUGACAUAAAAUCAUCAAGUUUGAUAUAAUUUCACAAACAAAACAACUCUGGUGCAACCAAUCAAACAGUUUUGACCGUGAUAAAUGACAAACAGUCCUGCAUCAUCUGUAAUUAUGGAAAGAACUGCGAUGGAAGGGAGAUAACUCAAACCUGACCACACGGGCAGGUUCUUCAAAUGUUUUAGAUUGGUUGAAGUGUGACAACCAAUGCUCUUGUAAUCGAUGAUGGACUAUAACUACAUGAUACACCCAUUGUGAAUCAUUCUAGUCCCUGUGAUGCUACUCUUCUCCUCAUUAGAUAUUCUGCUUAUAUAGUGAUUAUUGGAAUCGCAGGGACUUGCCACAAAUUCCAAAACCAGGGGUCAUA